AUGAAACCGGAUUCUCACAAAUCACAACAAAUAAUGAAUGAUGAGGAAACGGACGGCGAAAUCGAGGACAUUUUCCAGAUCGUCGCGGUUGAAUCGAUGAUUCCGGAAGCGGAAGAUCUCGCCGUCGACGUCGUCAAACGGAUCAUUCUGGAUGACGACGACUUCAUCCUCAAACUCUUCAAAUUCCUCGUCGUCCUCAUCGUCUUCUUCCAGCCACCGGACGACGUCGUAAAAAGAAACGAUCACGUCUCGGACAAAAUUCAUCGUUCAUGA